AAAGACGGUUCAUUGGUCAGGGCAUUAAUAGCAAGGUAAGCGUGGUGCUGUUUAAUAGCGGCGAAAAUAACAGUAGUGGAAAAAAUAUGACGGUGACGCAAUUUGCUAAUGGAGCCCAAGCAAAACCUCCUUCAGAAGAACCACAAUGGGUAUUUCCGAUUAAAGUGGAGCCAGAGUCAGAAUCAGAAGUGGAAUUAAGUUGUAGCAUCACUGGAAAUGAGCUACUGGAUUUCCUUAAGCCACAGCAAGACCAAAUAGCUACUUCAAGUUUAGGUGAUCAAUUUUAUGAUUCACUUCAGGAUCUCAAAAGGAAAAACAGGCAGAGUUUGUUAGAAUUAGGACUCUUAUAUCAAGAAAAGCUGAAAAAUGCUCAUCACUCAUCCAGAAAAGACAAGGAACUGGAAGAUUUUUUCCAGGGCAAUGGAAGACUGAUACUGCCAAUAAAAUUCCAGAAUGAUCUGAGGUCCGAUAAUAUAAGAAGUUGGAACUCUGUCUCUGAUAUCACUUUAGAUAGCUCAAAGGAUGAGAAAAAUCAUUACUCAUUUCUUCAGUCUUGUUCAAAACCAAAGAGUGCAUCAGCUAUUGGGAUUUCCUCUGUUACCAUUCCUCAGCCCUUCAAAAUGACCCUUCGAGAAACUCAUGAAAAAUCUCAGUUUCUGAAAUCACAGGCAUUGCCUGAAAAAGAGUCAACUGCAUACAAAAGACAAUUGCAAGAGUCUGCAGAAUGCCAAAAACAAUUUAGAGCACAACCUGUGCCUGCUCAUAUCUAUCUGCCACUCUACCAGGAAAUAAUGGAAAAGAAUGAAAUCCGUAGACAGGUAGAAACUCAAAAAAGAAAGGAGCUGCUACUUUCAAUGCAAAAACCGUUCAGCUUUCAGAUAAAAGAAGAGGAGAGAAAAGAGGCCACCAGACAGCAGUUUUUGAACAUUUUAACACCAGUUAAGAAAAUAGUACCAAAGUUCAGGAAGAAAAUCCCCAAGUCCAUAUAUGAGCCAAUGUUUGGGGAUAAAUUCGAAGAAGCUGAACUCUUAAGAAAAAUCCGUAUUCAGUUGAGAGCCAAGGAAUUAUUGGAAAAGUCCUGGGCCCCCAUUGAGCUUGACAAUAAACAAAGGGAUAAAAAAUCCCAAAUUGCCUCCAAAAAUAGGGAGCAAAAGUUGAGUUUUCUGCAAGGCAACUUUAGUUUUAAGCCAAGAAUUAAUACUUCAGUGCCUGAUUUUGAAGAACUUUACUGGGCAUUUCAGAGAAAAGUACUAACCAAACAAGAAAUUAAAGAAGCAACUCGUAAUAAACCAUUCAGGCUGAGAACAGCAAAUCUCAGUUGCAGACAUAAAAUGUGUGACAAGAUGAUGGAUUUUCAGCAACCUUCUACGGCUCCAAUACAAAGAAGUCGGUCUUUUAAUUGUCUUUCAUCCCUCUCUACCAAUACACUUCCAAUAUAUAUUACAGAUGCAGUGAGAAAGAGGGCAAGUGCUAUUAAACUCCUCCAAGAAAAUAAGAAAUACAAGGAGAAUGAAGGAGCUCGCUGGGCAGAGCAACAAAGAAAAAAAUGCCAAGCAAUACAUAAAUCAGUGAUUUGUCGAGCAAAAGCUAUGGACCCACAUAAAAGUUUGGAAGAGACACACAAAGAAAAACUAAAGCAAAACUGGCAAAACGGCCAGAAAAGAACAAGAGAAUAUAAGAAAGAACUAGAAGAGAUGAAAAUGCGCGUGAAGAACAGACCUUACCUAUUUGAACAAGUCACAACACAUAGUGCCUGUCAAGGAGCACAGAAGCUUUUUAAAGACACCUUGCAGCACUUUGGAUUGAAUGAAGAGUUUGUGAAAAAGAAGGGGAGAGAAGCCACUGACACAGUAGAAAAACAACAGCAGUUUGAAUUGAAAAGAAAUCUCAAAUCCCAGAGUGGUACUGAGGCCGACAUCGUAAAACAGCUAUCCCAAGAGGGACUAAAAAGAUUGGAAUUAAAGUAGAAACAACUAAUAAGUCUCCAUUUGCUUUCAGCAUAUUGUUUUCUUUAAUCAAGGACUAGAUUUCUGCAAAACCGAAGCUAAAUUGUAUAUUUUAAUUAUAUAUAUAUAUUAUAAUUAUAUUACUUUGAAGUAUUCUAGUUAGCAAUAUGACUUGAGGCAGUUUUAAAUUUGGCUAAUGCUAGAUUUUUGAGAUCUUGCUUAAACGAAGAUUGCCAAGAGGGUGAAAGGAGUUGUAUAUAUAUCAGUCAUCCCAGAGAACACAUUUGAAAGUUAAAGACACAUUUAAAAUUGUUACCAUUGAUAAGUAAGGCUAGUCACAAAAUGCUCAUUUCCCACAAGCUAACUGCUGUCUAACAACCUAAAUAACAAUGACUCAACAGUAGUCUCUAAUAUGCACAGACAACUGGGAAAAGUGAGCCUUCCAGAAAACAUUACCUUAUUUCUUCUAGGAGCUUUUCUUGUAUUUAUGAUUUAAAUAUUUUUUUCAAAAACUUGGCAGGCCUUUUAGAUAAGUUUCAAAAAGCGACCAAAAUUUUCUAGAAUCACAAUAAAUUUACCUGCUUUCAACCAAGACCUAGACAAAAUUGCUUAAUGUAGAUUCAAAGGCUUUAGGAUCAAGACAGAAAACUUAGAAGUCUCUUUCAAAGUACAGUCUUACACAUGUGGGCUUUAGCCAAAAACACUUCACUAAAUAAUUGUACUGCAUCACACUUUUUUCCCUCUCAAGUAUGUUCUUGAGGCACACCAAGUCUUUAUUAAUUGGAUAAGAAUUUAGGGACCACUGGGUGCUUCUCUUAAAUGCUGUUUCUUUUUGAGUUAGUGUAUUCAUUUUAAAUUAAUUUUAAUGUUCCAUUAGUGUCUGGCCUAGUCCAAGAGCAAUGUGACAUAAUCUAGCCAAAAUUCCAUUAUUUAUUUGCUUACACCAUAUAUAUUCUUGUUAGACUAAACCUUUACUACCCUACCCUAAGAGUUAUACUGUGAGAAAUAUUAGGGAGGAGCUAUCCUAAAUCAUUUCAUCUUCACAGGAUUCAGCUCUGAACUGGGCUGUCUCUUGCCUCAUCUCCCCCCACUUUGAAUGUGUGCCCUUCUUCCUGGAAACCUGCGUUAAUGUAGUCGGUCACAGUUAAGUGUUUUAUACUGCAUAUAAGUGCAUUGUAUUUUUAAAGCUGUUACUCAUUUUGAACCUCUUUGUAAUGCAAAGUGUAUUUGAAAAGCCCCCAAAUAAAUACACAUGAAACCAUACUGAGAAUGGAAAUAUGUAGUUUAUUUAC